CUUGUGGCGGAAAGAGUCCUUUGGAGGGCGGCUGCUGCUCCCCUCUCCAUCGGGCAAAUUCUCUGUCAUGCUCCUGCUGCAUGGUCGCGCCAGUGGGCAAUCUAACUGUCCUCUGUGCUGAUAUUCGAGUUCCGUCCUUGCUCCGUGGAGCAUUGGAUGCUGUUCUCUUACACACCCCUCGCACAACGAUCCUGCGAGAUACUACUAUGGCUGCUACUGUGAACUUGGAGCUUGAUCCCACAUUCUUGAAAGCCCUCGGCUUCCUGCAUUCAAAGAGCAAGGAUUCAGCUGAGAAACUCAAAGCACUGCUUGAUGAAUCUUUGGCUAGAGGGACUGAUUCAAGUUAUCGUCCAUCACAAAAGGAAGUAGAUCCACCAAAAGUAUCUAUUACAAAAACAAUUUCUGUCAAGCAAGAACCCAAGGCUUCCUCGAGCCUGCCUUCAGGUAACAAUAAUGGCAAGCCCAUUGCAGCUGAAAAGGUGAAAAAAGAAGCAGAAAAGAGAAGUGCUGAUAAAAUAAAGUUGGAAAUCAGUGAGGGAUCUGACAAUCCAAAGAAACCAAGACUAGAAAAAACAGAGACUCGUUCUUCCCCAAUCACAGUCCAGACUAGCAAGGAUUUGGUUAUGCCAGACCUUUCCAGUUUUGAAGAAACUAGUGCUGAUGAUUUUGCCAUGGAGAUGGGUUUGGCUUGUGUGGUUUGCCGGCAAAUGACAGUUACUUCUGGGAAUCCACUGGUUGAGUGCCAAGAAUGUCAUAAUCUCUAUCACCAAGAUUGCCACAAGCCUCAAGUGACAGACAAGGAGAUGAAUGAUCCUCGCCUAGUGUGGUAUUGUGCCCGAUGUACUAGGCAAAUGAAAAAGAUGGCUCAGAAAACGCAGAAGCCUUCCCAGAAGCCAGCCCCUGCUGUGGUUUCAGUAGCGCCAGCAGUGAAAGAUCCGCUGAUAAAGAAACCAGAAAUUAAGCCAAAGUUGGACACCACACCAACCUUCCUAGCAUUCAAGAGGACAGAGGUCAAGCCGUCAGCAGCUGUUUCUGGCAACUCCAACAGCACCAGCGUUUCUUCUUCCUUGGCUAGUGGCCUUACAGGGUGGGCAGCCUUUGCCGCAAAAACAUCUUCUGCAGGCCCAUCAACAACUAAGAUGGGAUCCACCACGCAGAGCACCAGUGGCAAGCCCGCCAGCGCCUCCAGUAACCAAAAACCUGUCGGUUUGUCAGGGCUGGCAACAGCUAAAGGAGGGCUAGGGUCAAAAAUAACAUCUCCAAACAGUAGCACAAGCCCGGCCCAGAUGAAGCCCCUGCCGCCUCUGACGAUGGGGAAAACCGGUCUUUGUCGUUCCGUGAGCAGUGAUAAUGUCAGCAAAGUAGGACUCCCUAGUCCAAGCAGUUCAGCUCCUGGCAGCAGCCAGGCUAGUAGUGGAAAUGGAAGUGGUGGGACAGGAGGCAGCAGUGGGAGCAGCACCAGCAAAUCCAGUGGAGAGUCUGGUAACCAGUCGCCAUCCGUGAAGGGCCCCACUUCUCAAGAGUCACAGCUGAAUGCUAUGAAAAGGUUGCAGAUGGUCAAGAAGAAAGCCGCUCAAAAGAAACUGAAGAAGUAAUAGAACUAUUUGAUGGACCUUUUGUCUUCAAAGCACAAGCAUGUUGUUAGAACUUGGACCCAGUUUAACAAAGCGUAAUAAAGUCACGUAACUUAUAAA